UCCUGACAACACUCGGCAGUUUUCGUCCAAGUGGAGGAGGAAAAAAAAAGAAAGCAAACAGUGGGCUGACCGCUCGCUCUGACACGCCACGAGAAGCUAUCCGCGGUUUAAACCCCCACGGAGGCUCUGCGAGGGCAGUGAAGCUGCGGGGCGUCUCGGCAGAGAACAGGUGGUUUUAUCCGCCGUGAGUUUGACAGAGCAGCCCCGAGAGGGAGCGGUCUCCUCCCAGCUUCCCCACGGACACGACUCGGCCCCAACCGGUCACCGGGAACCUGUUUGACCUGACUCCACGCUGACUGCACGCUGCACCGGGCAGUGUUGUGCUGACCAAGAUGUCUUCUAAAGCUGUGAGUGGCAAUAAACUGAAUGGGCUCCGGCAGGUUGUACAGCAGCUGAGACAAGAGGCGAGAAUUGAAAGGAUGAAGAUCUCCAAAGCCUCCGGGGACCUUAUGCGCUACUGCAGGGAGCAUGAGAAAACCGACCCCCUCAUCGUGGGCAUCCCGGCUUCAGAAAACCCCUUCAAGGAGAAGAAGCCCUGCACUUUAUUGUAGUGGAAGCCCUCUAGCCUUGUCUAUUUUCUUCUGCCUAUUAAUGUUGCUGAGUUGCUCAUGUUGGGAGGGGUGAGAGGGGAUCUGUGAUCACAUCAUUAGGUGUUUUAACAGUUGGUGCAGAAUGCCGUGCAGCAGCUCCCGCUUGGGGGAUUUUGACCAAAACUACUGACCUGCCACUGUUCAGGGUGAACUUCAACCGCUUCAGAAAUCUUUGUCUGCGUGGGUUUCAUAAAGUCAUCAUAAAGUCUAAAUCUUAUUUUCUAAUUCUUCUACCAGUAAAAGCAGCAUUCAGUGAUGGGUUUGCUCUGUCAGUUCAUCCAGUGGGCAGUGACUGUUAUUUGCCUCUCUGGUUUGCCUUAAAUGGACGCCAAAAACCAAAGUCUCCCAGCUGGCCUUCUCUAUAAAAGCUUCACAUGACUGAGAGCCUCUGCAGUAGUUUUCCACGUGUAAGUGCAGCUUGUGCCACGAAAUUUUUGGGAUCCAAAUUUCCAAAUGUUGCCAUGAUGUAUUUUAAUGAGAAAGAAGCAGAUAGUAUUAAAUCAAAGAACAUGAAAACAGUAUAUGAAACAGCCGGUCACAUCUCCAACUGACCGAUGACAAUCCACAUUCCAUUGAAUAUCCUGUUAGCAUUUUUGUUAGUUUGAUCAAUUUCACAUCAUCUUUAAAUUAUUUAAUAAAAAAAUUGAUGCACACAUAUCCUUCAUGUUGAAUACAUUUUAAAUCCAUUCAUCUUCCCAAAUUUUGUGGGAAAUUUGGCAAUCCUGAAAAUACUGAAUUAAUCAUUCAUCUCAAUUUAACAUUUUUUUAAAAACUCUGGAUCAAUGGGGAUUUUUAUCCUGUUAGAUUAAUGUAAACUAACCCCGUGUGUUGAAAACCAGCCAAACCUGAAUUACUAUAUUCACAAGCUCCUUUAUGAGUAGAGAUGCCAGUUUCCAAUUAAAACGUUUGAUUUACAGCUUCCAAUUUACAGUUCUGUGUGUGUAAACAUACACACACAGCUCUGACUCUGGCUGAACAAAACUCAGCAAAUGUUGCAAACCACUGUGAACUCCACUUAUCAACCCACAGCAAAUAACUCUAGUAGCGUCAGAACUUUGAAUGCCUGUAGGAACAGGUGAUGAAAGCUUUUACCUUCAUUCUACCAGAUGUGUUAUUGGUUGAGGUGGAGGUGGGGGGAGGUGGGGAUGAAGGGGUCCAACAUGCCUUAUCUGCUGUGGUAAAUUUAAAUAGUAGGAAUAAAAUCAGCCUUACCCAUGUUUGCCUCUUAUUAUGACAAAUCAUUUUACGUGUUGUAUUUUCUUUAAAAAGAUAAAAAAAAAAAAAAAAAAAACUUUCUUCUUCUUCUUGCCUUCCCCACACGGAUGCCUGACGCUGAUCCACUGUCCUCUGCGUCUGUUUUUCUUACUUGCAGUGAAUGGGGUCUGUGUCGCUGCCAAUGAUGAUGUGGGAACAAAAGCUUAACAACACAACUGCCAUGUGUUGCCAUGUCUUGCCAUGUGUUGCCAUGUCUUCAUUCAAUCUGUAACUCUUGUUGUUCCAUUGAGAGAUUAAUUUAACUGUGACCAAAUGCUUUUUUUUCUUCUGUCGGAUAAAUGUGUUUAUUAAUUUACCAGCAUCAGUAUGGAGAUUUGAUGAAACUCAAUAAAGUGAAACAUUCCUACA